CAAAACCGGGGCGAAUUUUCAACUCCGUCGCUGACGCCGGAGUAAUAAUAUAUGCUUCUCGGUUUUCCACAGAAGCCCGCUAAUGAGGCGCGCACGGUGCCAAUACAUAUAAUCAGGGCGCACUGAUAUAAUAAAUACAAACUACGGCGUGUGCCGUGCGCUAAAAAUGAAUGUAAAAAAUAUCAAUUGUUGGAAAUCACUAUAUGGUUUCAUUUGUUUGUGUUUUUGAAAUGAUGUGCUGUGUUUUUAAAAUUUUAAAACGUUUUGUGAAAUUGGAAAUUUAGGCCUAGGUCUAGGUUAUAUAUAUACGUCGCAUUUGGCCGCCUCGAAUGCAGUUCACGAUAAUAUACACUGCUGAACUUAGCAGUGUGUAGCUGACAAUUGUGUUUAUUAUUUAUUGAAAAUGAGUCAAGAGUUUUGAUUGGCCAGCAGCUGUUGGCGAAAUCGUCAUAUCCGCUCGGCAGCUGCCCAAAUUUGGACAGUGACGUCACUUCGUCGGAUAUGAAAAAAAUUAUUGCACGUUUGACGUCACUUCGUCAGAUAUGAAAAAAAUUAUUGCACGGUAUGACGUCACGCUAAUUUAUGCGGCUUGUGCCAAAACCUAAAAGCGGGAAAAUACGAAUGGCUUCAUCAAAGGAAAGGUUCGCUGACCUUGGGGAAGAUGAAAUUAAAAAAUUGCUGGAAGAAAAAGACUGACAACAUCUGACAACAGUAUUAAGAAUUAUUCUUUUCUCGUCUGAUUGGUUUAUUCAUAAUUCGGAACACUGCUAUUGUUGUUCAAUUUUCAGCAGCUUGCGUCUCCUUGUCUACAACGCAAGCGUUUAGUCUAAGCCCAAAAUUUUUGCAAAUAAAUAAUAAAACAAUUAUUGAAUUCGGUUCUCGCAGGAUAUGAGGAAUUAUCAAGGCCUCGGUUUGUGUUAUCCGCCUCAGCCUUCGGCUUCGGCAGAUAACACAAACCUCGGCCUUAAUAAUUCCUCAUAUCCUGCUCAACCUCAUUCAAUAAUUGUUUAAUGUGUUCACAAUUAAGUGACAUGUGUUUCUUUUCACAAUUGUGCGCCAGGCUUUCGUAUCAGUGGAGAGGUUAUUCCACAUGCAGUUUGGCCCUUUAUUGUAAACACGGCAUACUGUUCAGGUAUCUAUUUGAUGCCAAACACUACAUAAAAAAAUAGGUAUGCAAUGCAUACAUGUGGGUAGCCUCCAAAGCAUUGGCAAAGAUUUUCAAGUUUUGUUCAAUCUCAAAUGACAGGCCGCAAUAAUGGCGGGGAAAUCAACUGCAUGAUGCUUAGUUCAACGUUCAAAUGCCAUACGCAAAGGCAAAAAUGGGCUAGUUUGCUAGUUGGAUACAGUUAUAACACAGUAGGCAUAAGAAUAAUCAAUGAAAUACAAAUAUACAUCUGCCACCUCGCUCGCCUGUUGCGCCCACAUGCAAUUAUUGUCCAGCAGACAUUAAAUUUGAUUCUGUUCAUUUCUCAGGGUUUUUUGUAGUACUUCAUCAGUGAUCAUCUAGUGUUCCCUAAACUAUAUUGCCCAUAGUCAUGGAAUCCAGUAUCGACGCCGGUCUCUUUAGCAAUGAUUCGAAAAAUUUAGAAACACGUUUUCACACAUCGCUGAAAUACCGAUCACUUCGUCUUAUUUCUUAUCUAAAUAUGUUGAUAAUGACUUUAUUGCAAGAUUUUUUCGAUAAAGAACAGCGUGAGCUUUUGUCAAUGAAUAAAGUGAGGAAUGGGGGUAAAGAAACAUCCCCUGAGGCCAGUUCAGCGAGUGAGGCUUCGAAUGCAGAAUUAUCUACUGCGGUUGCAGACGUGGAAGCCAUGCUUACAGAAACUUCAGCUUCCGUCCAUGUGCUUCGGGCGUAUCUCCAAUGGCCAAGCGAGGAAACAUCUAAACCAGUGAAACUAUUGUUCGAUCGCGGAAAAGACAAGAACUUUUUCACUCAAGAGAAAAUGGAUAAUUUUUUUUCUUUUUUGGAAUCUGGUGAUUCAGAUCAAGAAAGUAUGCAUCUCACGAGUUUGCGAUACAACGUUAUUUCAGAUGAUGAUCUGAAUGAUGAUGAUGAGAAUAUGUUUGCGAGUGGAGAUUUUGGCAAUGCAUCAGGUAGUCUCUCGGAAAGUAAUCCAGGCAUAGUUGCAGAAGAGCAGAACAGGGAGCGAAGAUUCCGAAAAAAAAGACGAAAGCAAUACUUAAAGGACCGAGAAAAAGACGAAGAUGAUCCAGUCGUUCGCAUGAUGAAGGAGCAUUUGAGAUGGAAAGAUGUUAAAAUUUUCUCUCUUCAGAGAAAAAUAACAUUAUUGAAAGAGGAAAACGAUCUCCUUCUUUCUGAACUUGUUGAAAUAGAUUUAGUUCAGAAAAACAAUGGACAGGAAGUACAAAAAUCUGCAACUUUUUAUCGAUUUCUUCCUUCCUCGUUGCCCAAAAUUAAAAAGUGUUCAAUCCUGCAAAUACCAAAUGACAACAGCGACAGCCUUGGCUACCCAAAUGACUGCCAAAGUAGUUUUGGGAAAAGCGACGCUCUAACUUUCAAUGAUUUCACAUCCGUUCGCUCUCAAAACAGCCCUUUUAAGCUGGAAACCGGAGAGGAGAAAAAAAGUUUUGCCGAGGUCAAAGACGAAAGUUAUUUAAAAAAAAAUCAUAGUUCAGCAAUACAGAACGUAAGUAUUAAUCCAGAUGAAAAGGCAACUGGCGGAGAGGGUAUCAAAUCUGAAAAAGGUGAAUGUAAUAUGAAUACUGAUCUUUCAACUACUUCAAAAGAUAAAAAUCAUUCGAUCAAGACCAAUAAUACAUCGGUUAUUUUGCAUAAAGAAAAAGCAAGUGGAAAGGGUGGUGAAGCUGGAAGUUUAGCUGAUCCACUGGCAUCAACGUCGAGAGAUGAAGUAGAUGACCAAAGAUCAGUCGGCCAAAGCAGUGAAGGUGUUUCAUUCUCGGUCCAACAAGAUGAUGCAAAUGGGAAGGAGUUCAUAUCUCUUGCUAGUAAACCACAAACAUCAGUGGCCUUAACGUUGCACACCAACUACAAGCUGCUGUUGAUCACCCUUGCCGACAACCUUCUUUCCUCCGAUGUUGAAAAUUUGAAGAGCUGGACAACAGAGAAAUUUUCGAUCGACAACACACAAAAUGCCACCGACGUUCUCUUUCAACUUGAUGAAAAAGGAGCUAUCAAUGCCGAAGAUUUAAAUGAACUGUGUGGUUUCUUUAAGUCAAUCCUGAGAUACGAUCUUGUACAUAUUGCUGAAGCGUUCCUCCUGGGUGAUUACAGUUUGCUUCGCGCGAUUCCAAAAUCAAAAAAACGCAAAAAAGCUGGUAGAAUCAGAAACUCCCAACUUGGCCGAAUUUCGUGGAAUGAUCACGCAAGUGCAUCUUCCUCCAGACGAUCUUCAGUCAGUUCAACUGCCAGUGGCGAAACAGUCAGAAAUCCUGCAACGUCAGGAAAACCACAAAACAACAACGAACCCCCGAGCUCCGGCGCUCAUCAAAUACAAGAAGCUGCAUCCUCAAGUUUCUCUGUACUUCCAAACCCUUCCAAUCCUGGAAAACUAUUUUCAAGAACUCCGAACGAAAAUCAGUCCACAGCUCGUGUUCAACAAGAUCUUACGCCUACACCAACGGGACUUCCCACUGCAAACAUCAAUAAAAUGGUUGUACCUAAUGGAUCUACAGUUUUAGAGGAGAGAAGAACAAUGGCAGCCAAUGUGUCAACAAGAACGAGUCGAGUAACGAGAAAUACCCUGUUUACCAGCAGCAAUGGUUUAAAACACUCUAAGUUCCAACGUCCAAGCAUUGUCUCGAAUUCUCGUGCACCCAGCAAUUCUGGCAACCGAGAGGUUUUUAACGUGCAGGAUGAUAACUGGUUAUGCAGCCAUUACAAACGCCAUUGCUUCGUGAAAUUUGAAUGCUGCGACAAGUUUUGGCCAUGCCAUCGUUGCCAUAACAACCAAAGCGCGUGUGGCAGAAAGAAACUUAAAUCACGUGACACGAAAAUGCUAAAGUGUGUUUAUUGUAACAAAGAACAACAGUUUGGCCAGUUCUGUUGCGAUUGUGGAGCAAAAUUCUCCAAUUACUUUUGCGGUUUGUGUAAACAUCUGACUGGCCACGAUGACUUUCCUUAUCAUUGCGAGAAAUGUGGAAUUUGCAGAAUUCACGGGGAUCGUUCAUUCCAUUGCGACGUAUGUGGUGUGUGUCUGGAUGUCCAACUUCAAGGAAACCAUAAAUGCCGUGAAGGAUCUGCUCAUGACGAGUGUUGCAUCUGUUUGGAGGAUGCAUUUACUGGAUGUCAAAUACUCCCGUGUUCUCAUAAGGUACACAAGGAAUGCGCAACCCAAAUGAUUAGAAGUGGAAUUACGCGAUGUCCCAUCUGUCGGGAAAGCUUUGCCCACAAACUUGAACGACGACCAACAACGAUGAAAAAACAUACUGGAAAAUAACUGCAGUUGCAUGAUUAUGUCAUCAGGUUUUGGAUUUCUCUUUCAAUUCAUGCAAUGUAUCUGCGUGAAAUGUCACAAAUUUCCUCUACCGCGUAGGUGACGUAUUCACGAAGUUGCAAUUCAUAUAUGAAUGAUGGUAACCACUUCAUCUUUCCAAUCUUCCUUUAUUGUUUUAUUCUUUUCGGGGCAUUAAGAGAAUGCUUUUGUGUUUUGGUUCAUGAAAGAAUUCCAAAAACUAUAUUUAAACUUCUUUUACAUUUUUCCUGUACCUAUAUAUAGCCAAAUCUCCGGCACUUGUCAGCUUUAUCAGGCUUAGCUGUUUUCCAGCAAAAUGAUUUUCAUACCUCGACUAAGGUCUUGGUGUUCAAAAAUUUGGUAAAAGCGGUGUUACACUAUGCAACUUCCCUUGCAACUUACAAUGGAAUUCUACUCCUGAGGCAUCUCAAGUUGUCAAAUAAGAACAUUUCGUACGAUCUGCUAACGUUUUCUUAGAAUUUCGAACACUAGUUAAAAAUUAACAUCCCUCAAAAUCAUAAUUGCAUUGCAAGUUGCAGGGAGAAAUUCAUAGUGUAACAGCGCCCAAAGUUUCGUUAACGAACAAAAUCACGUUUUUUCAUGAGCUAAGCUAAUAAAGUUUCGAAUAUAUCAAAAAAGCAACUAAUUAUAUCUAAUUUACGUUUACGUAUACCUAAGAAGUUACCGUUUUAAGAUUUCUUUCAUUUGAAACAUUCAAAAGAUAUCGAUUAUCAUUGGGUUUUUUAAUAUUUUAUCUGCACGUCUGCAAUUAUUAUUCAAUGUAUUCAUUUACACUAUUUUCGAAACGAUUUAUUUCCUGAGCUAAAUAUAUAUCAUAUAUAUGAUAUAUGCAAACGUUUGGCUUAGAAUUUAUCAAUGUAAAGUUGAGAAUAUAAACCAAAAUUGAAAGAAUUCAGUAAUAUAUACAUCAUAAUAUCUAUGUGCACUAUAGAUAACACGGAUAUUCAAUUAUAUACACCAACAUAUACACAAAUCUUAUACAUAUACACAUCUACACGAAGUUUAUCAACCAAUUAGUACAAAUGAUAUAACAUCGUGAAAAGCAAUCUCAUGCACAACUAAUUGGUUCCGUGUAGUAACACUCACACAGUUUCCAACUAUUCUGAAUAAGUUCAGUAUAUAAAUACAUGAACGUAUUUUUGGAGGAAAUUUCAUUCGCCGGUAUACAAAAGUUAAAAAUUUUCUUAAAAAAUGCCUGGUGGAUGGCAUAGUCAAUCCAUAUUUAGGCAAUCGAUACAAAUUUUGUUGAGAAUUCACAAUAUAUGACAGUAUAUAAAUAUCAAUCGUAAUUAUCGCUACUCUGGUUUUGAAAGUAAUCACCACACAAAGAUUAACUUGGUCGUGAAAGUUAAUCUUUGUGUGGUGAUUACUUUCAUUUAUUAGUAAAACCUGGUUGCCUUGAACUCAUUAACUUCAAUUCGUUGAGUAUAUAAAUACUGAGUAUAAAUCAGUAUGAUAACUAAAAUAUGUUCGAGGAUAAUCUAAUCAAAACAUUUGGGCAAGUUUAUUACAGGCUGUUUCAAAUGUGCCUACACAUCAACAACUAUGUAUGUGGAUUUAUAAGGCAUCUCGACUGAUUACUAAUCAUUUUUAAUACGUUUGGUGGUCAUGGUGCAACACUUGAAAUAGGCCUAAGUCACUUCACCAAUUUAAAAACACCGAUCGAAACUUAGUGCAGUGCACUAGGGCAUGUAAUCGAUGCAUGAUGAUACAUUUGAUAUUGCAAUUGUUAAACUUUCGUAGCUCCAAAUAAAAGUAAUUAGCAAGGGUCUUUCUGAUAACCAUGCAUGCAUGUGUCAUGGUGGUUAGUUUCAUAGUUUGCAUCAGGUUCUAAAUCAAUCUUGAGUUCUGCUGUUCAGGACUACAAAAUAAGUCAAUUGGCCUUCGCUUCUGUUAGAUUUAGUUGCUAUAUCGAGUGUAUCCAGUUCAUCAUUUUGGGUAUUUUACUCUUGUUUAUAAUACGUAAUGUAACUUAUAAUAAAUAUCAAAUAAGUUGUGUCUAUAGUAUAGUUAUAGCCCAGUGGGCUAUAACUAUAGACACAACUUAUUAGAGAUAUAUGAUGUCAUUACACCAUAGAAUUUAGAAUUUAGAAUAGAGUUUUAGAAUAAGGCCACCUUAUUCUAAACCAAGUCUGGAAUAUUUUAAAUGUUAUUGUAUGAUUAAUAUUAGAUUCACGAUUAUAUGCAAUAAUGUAAUUUCAACUCAAUAAUAAAUAAAUGAAUAAGCUGCCUUAUGGUAGCAAUUAUAUGCAUUAAAUG